UCCCUCUCUCUCUCUCUCUCUCUGAAAGCCACACCACCAACGGAGCCCCACCGCGCCAGUGCCGUCCACCCCUCGCCGACACACCCACAGAGAGAGAGAGAGAGAGAUAGAGAGAGAGGGAGAUACAGAUUGAGCCCGAUUUUCACUCUCUUUCGUUUUCUUCUCUGAAACUUCCUCAGUGGCUCACUCUGUGCGUGGCUUUGCUUGGUCCUUCAAUUCGCAGGUAUGCUCUCGAAAGCUCAAACCAUCUCUUUCUACUUAAAUCACACCCUCAAACCCUCAUUCACAUCCCACACAAACCCUUUUAUCGACCUCCAAAUCAAACCCAUUUCAAGCCUCAAAGUAGUGUGGCGGAAAGACAGGGAACUGGACCGAGCCAUAGACAACGACAAGCGUUACAAGAUCUGUUCCCGAGUCGUCAAAGAGGUCCUUAACGAGCCGGGCCAAGUGAUCCCACUCCGUUACCUCCAGAAACGCCGCGAGCGAAUGCGGCUCAAUGUCAAUAUCAAAACUUUCCUCGCCAGAAACCCGGGUCUAUUCGACGCUUAUUAUGACCGAAUCAAACCCAAAACCCAACCGGUCCCGUUCCUCCGAGUUUCGGACCGGCUCAAAGAGUUUCUCGAAGAAGAGAGAAGGAUUCAUGUUGAACAUGAACCUUGGAUAGUAUCGAAAUUGUGUAAACUGUUGAUGAUGUCUAAGGAUAAGGUUCUUAGUGUGGAGAAAUUAGUACAUGGGAAGAGGGAAUUUGGGUUUCCGAAUGAUUUUCUGGUUAACUUGGUGCCCAAGUAUCCACAGUACUUUAGGCUAUCCGGGUGUCCCGGCGAAGGGAAAUCGUUUUUGGAACUGGUUUCGUGGAACAACGAGUUUGCAGAAUCGGUUAUUGAGAGAAGGGCGGAGGAAGAGUCGAAGUUGACGGGGAUUGGGGUUAGGCCCAAUUUUAAUGUUAAGCUUCCGCCGGGGUUUUUCCUGAGGAAGGAAAUGAGGGAGUGGAUUAGGGAUUGGAUGGAGCUCAAUUAUGUGUCCCCGUAUGAGGAUGUGUUGCAUUUGGAUCAGGCGUCGAGGGAAAUGGAGAAGAGGACGGUGGGAGUUCUGCACGAGUUGCUUUCACUUUCAUUACAUAAGAGGGUUCCAGUACCAACAUUGGGGAAGUUUAGUGAUGAGUAUAGGUUCUCAAAUGCGUUCUCGAGUGCGUUCACAAGGCAUUCGGGGAUAUUCUAUAUGUCGUUGAAAGGAGGGAUAAAGACGGCAAUGCUGAGAGAAGCAUAUAAGGGUGAUGCACUGAUUGAUCGGGAUCCUCUGCUCGAGAUCAGAGAUAAAUUUGUUGCUUUGUUGGAGGAGGGAUGGGGAGAGAGAGCAGAGCAGUUGAGUUUGCAAAGGGAAGUAGUUAAGAAGGACGUGGAAAUGAUGGCAACAAGGAGUGGGGAGUAUGAUGGGCAUGCGUGUGAUGAAUGAAUAAGUCAGGCUUGGAGAAUUUCUCUGAUGGUAACGAGAUCGGCAAUUGCAGGUAAAGGGGACUUGAUGCAAUAUUAGGAUGAUUGUUGAGAUUAAACUGCAUAUUCUGUUGAGAAAUUGCACAAUUGUGAGGAAUUGUAGUAUCCUGCAUGUGUAAAAGCCAAAUUUUCAUCCAAGUUAAUUGGAGAUUGUCCAUGUCACUGAAUUUAUGGAUGGGGGUGGAGUUGUGUUCUUCUCUCAAAUAUUGUGGUAGAGAGUUGCUUUCCACAGGAUACCUAUUAACAGCAUUUAGUAAUGCUUUAUAGUUUCUCAGCAACAAAGGAAUUCUACCAAA